CAAAACGGAUUUAUGACCCCAUCACCUACUUAUUAAAGCGGCCAGAUAACCCAAGAUGGAUGACAUUGAUGCCAUGUUCAGCGAUAUGCUGCAGGAGAUGGAUCUCCUAACGCAGAGUUUGGAUGCAGAAGUAGAUUCUGCACCUUUGGCUAAACCUCCCACCAUUCCUGAACCUCAGGAAAUGAACUUUUCCAUCGGUUUCGCAAAUUUUAAUGAAUCCCUGAACGAUCUGGAAGACAAUGACUUAGACGCCUUGAUGGCUGACCUUGUGGCAGAUAUAAGUGCCACGGAGGAAAAGUUUGCCACAGAAAGAGACACAUCAAAGGGGUCAGUUUCAGUUGCCCCAGCGCCCUCAAAGCCUCAGAGUAACUUUAGCCUCCCAGCAUCAUUCGACAGCUCUAAACCAGCAACUUCCUCCAACUCCAUCGCAGCUCCACCUCCACCACCCGCAUUUAAACCUUCAAAAGAGGAAGAAGAGGAACAGCUCAAAGCAGAUAAAAUCAAGCUCGCUUUGGAGAAACUAAAGGAGGCCAAAGUUAAAAAGCUGGUGGUGAAAGUGGAGAUUACGGAUGGCAGCUCGAAGACUCUGAUGGUGGAUGAGAGACAAACAGUUCGAGACGUGAUGGACAACCUCUUUGAGAAGACACACUGCGACUGCAAUGUGGACUGGAGUGUGUGUGAGACCAACCCUGACUUACAGACUGAGCGGGCCUUUGAGGACCACGAGAAUCUAGUGGAGCCUCUGUCUACAUGGACGAGGGACACUGAAAACAAAGUGCUUUUCCAGGAGAAAAAACACAAGUACGAAGUGUUCAAAAACCCUCAGAUCUUUUAUUUGUGGAAAAAGGAUAAGAAAUCUCUAAAGGACAUGAAAGAAAAAGACAAAGAACAACUUCUGGAGGAGAACUUCUGUGGAGCCUCAGUUAUUGUGCCUGACCUGGAGGGCGUUCUGUAUCUGAAGGAGGAUGGAAAAAAAUCCUGGAAACAGCGCUACUUUCUGCUCCGGGCCUCGGGGUUGUAUUAUUCACCUAAAGGCAAGACAAAGGCUUCAAGGGAUCUGGUGUGCUUGGUGCAGUUUGACAAUGUGAACGUCUACUACUGCAAAGAAUAUAGAAUCAAAUACAAAGCACCAACAGACCACUGCUUCAUGCUCAAGCAUCCUCAGAUUCAAAAAGAAUCACAGUACAUCAAGUUUAUGUGCUGUGAUGACGAAUGGUCCAUGAAUCUGUGGGUUACCGGGAUACGUGUUGCCAAGUAUGGAAAGCAGUUAUAUGACAACUACAAGGCUGCUGUGAGGAAAGCAUCAGGCUCUGCAUCCUGGGCUAACCGCACUAUCCAGGCCUCCUCCACUGCAUCAACACCCUCCCCUACACCUAAAGCCAAAGCUGCAAACGGACAUGCUCCUCAGCCUCCAGUGGAAAACAAGGUUCCAUCCAACCAGUCAUCAUUACCACCACCUCCACCUUCAAUGGAUUUCCUGCCUCCUCCACCACCCGACCCCAUGUUUCCUCCUCCUCCGCCCGCACCACCAGCACCACCAGCGCCUCCUGUUCCAGUCAGCUCAACCAAAGUCAACAAGUUUCCUCCUCCACCUAAAUUCCCACAAUCCUCCUUCCCUCCACCAAUGGAUGAUCUUCCUCCUCCACCACCUCCUCCAGAAAUUGCCGAUCUGCCCCCUGACUUUCUGCCUCCUCCACCACCUAGUUUUGGGUCUCAUGGUGGAGAAUCACUCCCACCACCACCUCCAGACCCCGUCGCCUCCCUUCCACCACCUCCUCCUGCUUUUACAUCUGCAGGCGGAGCACCUCCGCCACCUCCACCCCCGCCUCCACCACCAGCUCCAGCACCAGCCGCCAACAAUCCAGCCGGCAGUGUCAGAAAAGUGGCUCCACCUCCACCUAAGAGGACUACUCCUCAACUAACAGCGCCCUCAGGUGGCGACUUCAUGUCAGAACUCAUGAAUGCCAUGCAGAAAAAGCGCACUCAACCAUGAACCUGAGGGUUAUGGAAUGGACCAUUGUUUUGGAGUGACAUUAGAACACACCGCUUUAAUUAUGUUGUUUAAAAUGUCUGCAUUACACCACCAAAAACAUGUACAUGUAAAUACUCAUGCAACUAAUCAUAUUAAGGGAUGUUAUACAAUUUCCGGCCACUUUAUUAGGUACGUCUAUCCAACUGCUUGUUAACGCAAAUUUCUAAUAAGCCAAUCACAUGGCAGCAACUCAAUGCAUUUAGGCAUGUAGACAUGAUCAAGACGAUCUGCUGCAGUUCAAACCGAGCAUCAGAAUGGGGAAGAAAGGGGAUUUAAGUGGCUUUGAACGUGGCAUGGUUAUUGGUGCCAGAAGGGCUGGUCUGAGUAUUUCAGAAACUACUGGUUUCUUGGAUAUGACAAUGAGUUCACUGUACUCAAAUGACCUCCACAGUCACCAGAUCUCAAUCCAAAAGAGCACCUUUGGAAUGUGGUGGAACGGGAGAUUGGCAUCAGGGAUGUGCAGCCAUGCAGUCAAACAUAAUGCACUCAAAUGAAGUGAGUGACGUCACUGUGAGGGGUAGGGUUAUGGGUGGGGUUAGGUGAGCUCAUUAAAAAGCAUCGGAUGCAGCUCAGAUUGCACUGCACCAGGUCUGCAUCCAAACCCCUCUCCAAUAUGGACCAAAAUCUCUGAGGAUUAUUUCCAGUACCUUGUUGGAUCUAUGCCACAAAGGAUGAUGGCAGUUCUGAAGGCAAAAAGGGGUCCAACCAGGUACUAGUAAGGUGUACCUAAUAUAGUGGCCGGUAAGUGUUUAAUGAGAUAAAAUAGAUUUUGUGAUUUGGCUUAGUGACUGGUAUUAAAUAUCUCAGUUUCAGAGCUAAAAGAACUAAGUCCUUUAUGCACAACUACAGUAGUUAAAAAAACUGUUUCAAAAUGGCUUACUGUCAAUUAAUCAAACAUCCGAUUUUAGAUGCAAUUUUCUCAAUCUGACCAUGACUGGAUAAUAUUAAAGAGAGAUGUAAAUGAGGUGUAAUAUAUUUAUAUUGUACCAAAAUAAAUGUAUUACUAUUAAAAUCAAGGUUGCUUUUUCGGUGA